CUGAGCGCUCCGGGCCUUUUCAAAUCGGGAUCCGUUACCGCUUUCCCGGCCGCCGCCAUUGUAGCGCUCGGAGCCUCUCAGCGCAGGCGGCCGAGGCGGAGGCGGAGGCAUCGGCAGCGGGAUGGCGGACGCCGACAAGCCCGAGGUGCUCGGGGCCGCUGGCGACGACAGUACGCUUCAGCAGCCCGUGGAGCAGCCGGGCGAGCCGCGGCGAGAACCGCACCCCCCAGAGCCAGAGAAGCAGCCGCCGCAGCACAGCAGCAGCUCCAAUGGCGUUAAAAUGGAAAAUGAUGAAUCAGUUAAAGAAGAUAAAUCUGAAUUAAAAGAAAAAUCUUCAGGAAGUAAGAAGGCCAAUAGAUUUCAUCCUUAUUCAAAAGAUAAGAAUUCGGGCACUGGAGAAAAGAAGGGUCCAAAUCGAAACAGAGUUUUCAUUAGCAACAUCCCAUAUGACAUGAAAUGGCAAGCUAUUAAAGAUUUAAUGAGAGAAAAAGUUGGUGAGGUUACAUACGUGGAGCUCUUUAAGGAUGCGGAAGGAAAAUCAAGGGGUUGUGGUGUCGUUGAAUUCAAAGAUGAAGAAUUUGUAAAGAAAGCACUAGAAACUAUGAACAAAUAUGAUCUUAGUGGAAGACCCCUGAAUAUUAAAGAGGACCCUGAUGGAGAAAAUGCUCGUAGGGCAUUGCAACGAACAGGAGGAUCAUUUCCAGGAGGACAUGUACCCGAUAUGGGAUCGGGGUUGAUGAAUUUACCACCUUCCAUUCUCAAUAAUCCAAACAUUCCUCCUGAGGUUAUCAGUAAUUUGCAGGCUGGUAGACUUGGUUCCACAAUUUUUGUUGCUAAUCUCGACUUCAAAGUUGGUUGGAAGAAGCUAAAGGAGGUGUUCAGCAUAGCUGGAACUGUAAAGCGGGCAGAUAUUAAAGAAGACAAAGAUGGCAAGAGCAGAGGAAUGGGCACAGUCACUUUUGAACAAGCAAUUGAAGCAGUUCAAGCAAUUUCUAUGUUCAAUGGGCAGUUUUUGUUUGAUAGACCUAUGCAUGUGAAAAUGGAUGACAAGUCUGUCCCUCAUGAAGACUACCGUUCACAUGACAGUAAAACACCACAGUUACCGCGCGGUCUUGGAGGCAUUGGAAUGGGACUUGGUCCAGGUGGGCAACCUAUAAGUGCCAGCCAGUUGAACAUAGGCGGUGUAAUGGGAAAUUUAGGCCCAAGUGGUAUGGGAAUGGAUGGUCCAGGUUUUGGAGGAAUGAAUAGAAUUGGAGGAGGAAUUGGGUUUGGUGGUCUGGAAGCAAUGAAUAGCAUGGGAGGAUUUGGAGGAGUUGGCCGAAUGGGAGAGCUGUACCGUGGUGCCAUGACUAGUAGCAUGGAGAGAGAUUUUGGACGUGGUGAUAUUGGAAUCAAUCGAGGCUUUGGAGAGUCCUUUGGUAGACUUGGCAGUGCAAUGAUUGCAGGAAGAUUAGGAGCUUCUAACAUGGGUCCAGUAGGAUCUGGAAUAAGUGGUGGCAUGGGUGGCAUGAACAGUGUGACCGGAGGAAUGGGGAUGGGACUAGACCGGAUGAGCUCCAGCUUUGAUAGAAUGGGACCAGGUAUAGGAGCUAUAUUGGAAAGGAGCAUCGAUAUGGAUCGAGGAUUUCUAUCUGGUCCGAUGGGAAGCGGAAUGAGAGACAGAAUAGGCUCCAAAGGCAACCAGAUAUUUGUCAGAAAUCUGCCUUUUGACUUGACUUGGCAGAAACUAAAAGAGAAAUUCAGUCAGUGUGGUCAUGUAAUGUUCGCAGAAAUAAAAAUGGAGAAUGGAAAGUCAAAAGGCUGUGGAACAGUCAGAUUUGACUCCCCGGAAUCAGCUGAAAAAGCGUGCAGAAUAAUGAACGGCAUAAAAAUCAGUGGCAGAGAAAUCGAUGUUCGCUUGGAUCGUAAUGCAUAAUUUUAAACCACGGUUGGGACAUUCUUACAUCUGUUUUGCCGAAUCUCCUAGAAAAAGUCAUUUUUUUUUUUUAGUAAUACUGUAUGCUUACUAAAGCUGUAAAAAUGAACUUUUAAAACUCCCACCAGCUUUUAACAGUAUAGUGUUAAAUAUACUGUGAUUUUUGUUAAUCUCAAGUUUGGGUUUUUAAAGACAGCAAGUCGGUCAUUCAGUUUAAAUGAAUGGUUAUACUGUUUUUAAUGAAAUAAGCCAUUUUCUUGUUGUUACUUUCAGUACUACAUAGUGCAGUUUAUUCAGGUUUCCUCAACUUUGAUCAACUUAUUCUAAGGUAAAACAGAUGAUUUUUUCAAAACUUCCAUUUUAUAUAUGUAAUUGUCCUUGAAAUGAAAGGGCUCAGACAAAUUAGGAUAUGAUUUUUGGUUGGUUUUAAAUUACUUUUUUUUUGGUGAUAAAGAAUUACUGUAAGUAAGUUUUAGAUUCUAAAGUUUAGGAUAUCUUUUAUUUGACUUAAAUGAAGAAACGGAGUUUUUCUUCUCUUCCUUCUCCUAUCAUCCACAUUUUCCACAUAACACUAUUAAUAUCAACCUCCACAGCCCUUUAUUUUAUUAUUCCCAAUGAUUCCAAGUUCAUGUAGAACUGAUAAUGUGGCAAUCCCCAAGUAUAAUAAUAGGCAGACUACUCCCAGCUUUCUGUCUAGUUUCCAGCUGUUGAAGUGAACUGCUGAGAAAAGGAACACAAUAGAAAUGCUGAGAGCGACGGUCACGUAAGUCAGCCCUGUGCUGUUCACCUCCACAGGGGCGGACGCGUUGGUAAACGCGGUUUUAACAAGCCACGGGGCCCCGAGGCAGAGCAUAUCAAACACGUUGGACCCCACGAUGUUAGACACAGCCAUGUCUCCUUUGCCUGCAGAGAAGAAGCAUGUCGUUAAAAUGGGCACACCAAUCCUGUAUUUUUCUUAAUAAGCUUCAUAAAACACACUGGAAUUUUUGUUUGUUGGUUGGUUUUGGAAAAUUGUGACAUUAGAACAAAAGUCUUACUGAAUUUGUAUUUUUUCAUUUUGGGGGGUUAGUAUUUAAAGUCUUAACAUUUAUUUAAUAAUAAUUAUUUAUUAAACCGUUUUUCAAUAAGGUCUGUAGAUUACUUGUUGCUUUUCAUUCUUAUUUAAUAUGGUUAAUUAAUGAUUUAAUGCACAUUUCAGAUGAGUAUUAUUUGGGGGGUUAGUUUCAGUGAAAUUAAUCUGCUGUUAAGUAGUAAAUCCUUCCUCUUGAGACAAUGUUUUUAUUUUUUCUUCAAACUAUGCUGAGGAAAUAAAUAUUUUUAAAGGUACUUUUGCUCAGUGUAUUUCAGCCCGGCUUGAGGAAUGGGCAUCGCAGCACGAGGGACCUAGCUCUUACCUUUUCUUGCAACCAACACACUGGCAAUCGUAUCUGGCAGGCUUGUUCCUGCUGCUAGUAAAGUAAGGCCCAUUACUGUGUCUGGAAUUUCUAGUGUCUCCCCUAUAGUGAACAUAGAUGCUCCAAGUUACAAGUCUUAUAGAUUGAAUAACCAUUCUCUGCAAUUAUUUCAGAUACUUACUUUCUGAGCAAAAAGAAAAUAGGCACAUUUAGAUUUCACAACCAAUAUGCACUUAAACUUUAGCUAACAAAAUAUUUGAAUAAGAUUGGUAAAUUGGGUGUUAAUACAGGUAGCACAGAUUUUUAGUGACAUAUCUAAAGAAAUUUAAUGGACAAAAUUCUAAGGAAUAAUUUCUCUACCUGGUAUGCUUGCAGAAGUUUUGGAUAUGCACUAUUAUCAAGGCUGUUGAUUAAUAUAUGCCAAUAAUAUGAUUCGUUAUUUUCUCUUUUUCAAAGCAUUUUCUUAAAGUGGUCAGAAUUAAGCAAAUUGUUUAUAGCUAUUUUUAUCCUGUAAAUGUGUUAACAUGGUACACAUUUCUUUAAGUCCUACUUCAGUGAUAGACCUUAAACAAAGGAAAACAAAAAUAGGGGUUUCCUAGUCUUCCUAACAUUAUGGUCCCAAUUUAUUAAUCCUUCUGUUAUAUUUGGUGUCAGUUCAACAUUUUUCAGAAAUGUGUUCAGAAACAGAAUCAGAGGGAAGUUAAAUGAAAAUACAUGUAACUCCUCUUUUAAUGUUGCAGUUGAAUACUUUAGAAUCUUUUUCUUAAAAUGUCAAUUAAAAGUACUUUAAGUAGCUGUUUAUUGCAUGCUUUACAUAUUGAUAUUGGAAUUGUAUUUGGUUGUUAAUUUUUGUUACUGGUUUGCCAGAGUUUAUAUGUACAUAAAUAACACUCAUAUUUAUCAUCUUGGGGGUUGUUCUAUGAUCUAUUGAUUUUGUUCUUUUUUUGAUUUCCUAUUGUCAAAUAUAUUCUGGCUGAGAAAAUUUGGAGAGAUUUAAUAUGCAACCUAAUUGGACUUUUUUCAGCCUUCUCAUUAAAAAUGAAAGCAAUACUCUGCUUUUUGCUAGCAUGCUAUUCUAAGUCAUAUAUUAAUUUGGGAAAAGUCAGAGACUUUUUGUAAAGGGCCAUGUAGUAAUUAUUUUAGGCAGUGCAGGCUGUGUGGUUUCUGUUGCAGAUACUCACCUCUGCCAUUAUAGUGUGAGAGCAUCCACAGAUAAUAUAGAAAUGGUUGGGUGUGAUUAUGGUCAGUAAGACUUGGUGAGCAAAAACAGGAGUCCUGGCAGUUUGGGCACACAGACCAUAGUUUGCUCACUCUGACAUAUCCGUUUGGGGUAACUUUUUUGGGAGAAAUUCUUGAUUUUUUUCUAUCUUUAUAUUCAGUUUUUUCUUUUGGAGUUCUGUGGAACUAGAGCAGAUUAUGGCCAGGCAGUAAUAUUUAAAUUUUAAUCAUGAAGGUAGUAGAAACCUAAAUUGAAAUUUUAUGUACUUUUUACUCAUUCUAGGAUUGGUUUGUGUUGCCAUAUUAAAAAGCAAAAUGAAAUGUAAUCCAGUUAAACAGUGAGCACGCCCUGUCAAAAUACUGUCCGUUUGCUAUAUUUUUCACUGUGGAACGGAAUUCAAUGGAUGGAGUAUUUGUGGACCCCAUACAAUGUGGUUUAAUUAUUAGCAUAAUAGGAGGUUAUCCUCUGUACUUGAUUUCAUUUAUAAGAAGAUCCCUUGACUUGUAUAACCCUGGACUGUAUAAUAUUUGAGAAUAUAGUUGAUACACAAUAUACAACUUACAAAUUCAUGAAUGAUCUUGCUGGUACAUUAAUGUUUAAUCUUUUUGUAAAUAGCAGUUAUCUUUAGUCUUUGCAAAAAGAGACAUUCCUCCUUAGUUAGACUACAUUUAGUGAAUAUAUGCAGUUCUUCUAUGAAACCGAUUAUUUUCUUUUUAAUGAUACAUACCAGUUAUUGUGACCAUCCAAACCAGGAUGUAUGUAAAUGCAGAUAUCCACAGUGCCGACAUGAAAAAGGUUAUGAUAAAAUAAUUUUUCCAAAACUUUCUUCUACAAUCUGGAGUGGUUAGAAAAAGUAAGGUAAUGAUAGGAAGGGAUAGUACCCAAAAAAUUCUUUUUAAGUCUGCUUCAGGCAUGUUGAAAACACUUGGUGGAUCUGUUGAGGAAAAAAUAAAUGAUUUUGAGUUUUCUCAAAUGGCCAAUUAAGUUGGAAAUGUCCAUUUAGAAAGCUAUAUUGAAAUAAAUUAGCUGUAUCAGCUUCUAAGAGGCUAUUUAAAACAUUUGAAUACCUCAUUACUGAUAUUGCUGGCAAAAAGAAACUAAUUGAGACUUUAGGGCAGACAGUAUAAAAUGUGAUACUCAGCGUUUCUUGAUUUGGGACCUUAAAUCCAUCAAAAUUUCUUGGGUCAUUCAGUAAAUGUAUUUAGACAUAAUGUUUUAUGAAGUGUCAGUUGGACUUCUCUUGGUUUUCUACAAUGUGAAUGGUUUUUAGUAACUUUUUUUUGUUGGCUUGUGGGAUUAACUUGCCUUCUACUUAUUAUAACUAUUAUAGUUGUGUCUGUUCUCCAGUAUUGAUAAUGUCUCUAGCCUGCCCUGUGUAUCAGAUAAUGCAUACUUAAGAUGUAUAAGAUAAUUAUAGCAUAAUAUUUUUAUUAGGUUGAAUAUUCCAUUCUAAUUCUCAUUGUGAUUUGGGGGGGGCUUCAGUUUUUCUUUCUUAAUAUGUAUUUGUUAAAUAUGGAAUUCACUGUAAUUCUUAGGAGAACCUUUAAGAAAAUAAGAACAAGUAUGGAAUCUACAAUGUAACUUAUAAAACUUGAGUAUGUUCCUUUAUUUAAUUUGUUUUGUUAAGUUAGUGGAAGACAAUAAUAUACUGGAUAAAAAUAAGA